GAGGGACGGGGAACAGUCUGCCCGUGACCCAAGUGACGGCUGGGCGUCGUGCACACCUCAUCGCCUCCAGGUUUUCCCUCCGCCGCCUUCUGCCCUUCCCACACCGCCCUUCCACCUGUAGCUGCCGGCGGAGACACCACCAUGGAAGCCCUGCGGGAGUAUCUUAACUACGUGGAGGAGUUGGCGGAGGACGUAGAGGCGUGGCUGUUGAUUGUGGUGACGGCAGGAGUGACGCUGGGGUCCCUUGUCCUGCUGAACCUAUGGCGCGAUCGACGAGAUGUGUUGGAGUCAAGCCGGGCGUGGGUGUUCCGCAUGCUGCGCCGUAUCCCGGCCAUCGAGGGGAGGAUCACCCGGCAGCUGGAACAGGCGAGGAAAGAAAUCGAAAAGAGCAUGUUCGAAGUGAAGGACGAUAGCGUGGCGCCCUUGCACGCCCUGCCCCAAGUCGGUUGGUCUGGUGAGGAGGUGAUCACCGCUGCCACCAAGGUGCUGGCCCUGGGUAAAUAUGACUGGAGGGAAGGUCGCUUAUCCGGGGGAGCCUUUAGCGGCAAGGAUGAUGCCUUCACGCAGCUGCUGACGAAGAUAUACAGACUCUACGCCCUCUCCAAUCCUCUGCACUCAGACAUCUUUCCUGGAGUGCGUAAGAUGGAAGCUGAGAUUGUGAGAAUGACGCUUGACCUCUUCCAAGGUGACCAGGACGCCUGCGGCUGUAUGACGACAGGCGGGUCUGAGAGUCUGCUAUUAGCCCUGAAGGCGGCGCGGGAUUGGAGUCGAGAAGUCAAGGGCAUCACCGAACCUGAGAUUGUUCUUUGCUACACAGCUCAUGCAGGAUUCGACAAGGGGGCCAGCUUGCUCGACGUUAAGCUGCGGAAGGUGGAUAUGGACCCAGUGACAUGCAAGGUAGAUCUGAGGGCCAUGCGGCGGGCCAUCACCUCCAACACUGUUAUGCUGGUAGCCUCAGCCCCGCAAUAUCCUCAUGGCAUCAUUGACGACGUGGAGGGCGUGGCAUCGUUGGGGAAAGCGAGGAACAUACCCGUGCACGUGGACUGCUGUAUGGGCGGCUUCCUCCUGCCCUUCAUGAAGGCCGCGGGGUAUCCGGUAACCCCCUUCGAUUUUCAGGUGCCGGGCGUCACCAGUAUAUCCGCCGACACGCACAAGUACGGGCAGGCGCCUAAGGGAUCCAGCGUGCUGAUGUACCGCAGCCACAACUACCUCCACCACCAGUACUUCGUGACCCCGAACUGGCCCGGCGGCAUCUACGCCACCCACAGCGUGCCGGGCUCCAGGGCGGGCGGACUGGUGGCGGUGUGUUGGGCCUCGCUCCUAUACCUCGGCUUCCAGGGCUACACCAACGCCACCAAGGCCAUCAUAGCCACCGCCAGGAAGCUAACUCAGCGGUUGAAGGAAGUGCCCGGGGUGGAGAUAUUCGGCGACCCUCUCACCUCCAUCGUCGCCUUUAACACCACUGAAGUAGACAUCCUCAAGGUCGGAGACGUGCUCUCUGGCAGGGGCUGGCACCUCAACUUCUUGCAGUACCCAUCGGGCCUACACGUGUGCCUCACCGGCCUGCACGCCAAUGACGCCUUCGUGGACGGCUUGGUGCACGACCUGAAGGAGGCGAUAACAGAGAUUAAGAACAAUCCUUCUACUCUCAAAGGCGUUGGCAAGGUAUAUGGCACGGCGGCGGCCAUCCCGGACAAGGCACUGGUGGGUGAGGCUGCCAAAUUGUUCCUCCAGUGUUACUACGACACUCUACCUGACCCAGCCUGAGCCAGCGGCCCGCGUGUAGCCUGUUAAGUGACACCCAAACAGCCAGUGGGAGUCAGGCUACCGAUCCCCCACGGCAAGGCUGCGCAGAUAUUACAAGUACCCCAGUAGCUAGCUGUUGCCAAGUUUCCUCUAAGCCUCGGGGAUACAUAACACUGCGUCAGAUGUGUAUCCAUUGUUGUUUGUUUGCCUCGCCCCGUCUCCCUUGGUUCAACUUUCACUGCUUGGGCGAUCUCUUGUUUGACAUUAUGAUCACUGGAAAAGAAAAGUUUGCUUGUACAUACGCAGAUAAUAGAGGUUAUAUAACUAUUUUAGAGACUGUGACAAAAAUAAAUAACAAUAAAAUAAAUAGAUGAAUAAAAUAAAGGUAAAUAGAUAAAUAUCUUAAAAGUUAUAAGUGAUUAAGAAAUUGUCUACAGUAGUUGUAAGAGGAUUAAAGCGUAAAUGAACAAAAGUAAAUUUACAUUAUGAUUCAUAUGAAUAAAAAGAAAGAAAAAGAAAGAAAGAAAA